AACAACAACAACAAUAACUAAUAACAACGAAAACGAUUUCAAUAAAAUGCCUAAAAUUGAUUAUGAUUCAAUGAAUAUGGAAACAUUGGAAGAUUUUAUCAAUUCUGAAGAAGAAGAAUAUGAUGAUGAUGAUGAUGAUCGUCGUGUUAUAACCAUCGAUGGAAUCGAUAUUGAAGCAACCACUGUACAAGUGUUGGAAUGUCUAAAAACCAAUCGUAUUGUUGAUCAGAAUAUCAAUUUGGAUGAAUUUGAUUUUUUUCUACAAGGAUUAAAAUUAGAAAGCCAAACAUCGAUAAUAUCACAAUGUAAAUUGGUGGAAGGUGCACGACAACAAACACAAUUGAUCAAUAUAAAAUUGGUCAUACAACCGGAUGAUAAACGUAUAGAAAUUAUUGAUAUAUUGAAACCACAUGAAAAUGCCGAUAGUAUGGAUCAGGAUGAUGGUGAUAUGAUGCCAUCUACACCAUCAAGUGGACCAUCAAAACAGAUUAAACGUGAAUCAAUUCAACCAAAACGUUUGAUUGGUGGCCUUAAAAAUCAUUCGGUCAAUUCACCGGCAGUUGUUUCACCUGGUAAUCGUUCUGGUAAUAAUGGCCAGAUUCAAUUAUGGCAAUUUUUACUUGAAUUAUUAACCGAUGCUGAUUAUCGUGAAUUUAUUCAAUGGACUGGUUUCGAAAGUGAAUUCAAACUAUGUAAUCCAGAAAUGGUUGCACAAUUAUGGGGACAACGUAAAAAUAAACCAACAAUGAAUUAUGAAAAAUUAUCACGAGCAUUACGUUAUUAUUAUGAUGGUGAUAUGAUUGCUAAAGUACAUGGUAAACGUUUCGUAUAUAAAUUUGUAUGCGAUCUUAAAUCAAUUAUUGGCUAUGAUGCACUUGAAUUGAAUGAUUUAGUACGUGAAGUUUAUGAUAAACGUAGAGGAUCAUUAUAUUGAUGAUGAUAUCGAAAAAAAUUCAUUAUUUGUUGCCAUUUGGUUUUCUUUUUUCAAAAUAUAUUCAUCGAUAAUACAAAAUUUAACUACAAACCUAUUAACUUUGAAUGAUUAAUCGAAUCAUUUCGUGAUUGGAAUUUAUUCAUCAUUCACUGCAUCAACAUCAUCAUCAUUCUUUUAUUUCAACAAAAACAUUUUAUCAUUUGAAUGU